GCGAACAUCUCCCACUAUUAUUCAGGCUGCGUUCCGAUAUUCACUGCCAGUACUGAAAAUCUAUAAUAUACGUGACGUGAUAUAUUUUCAGUACUGGCAGUGAAUAUCAGAACGUAGCCUCAGUUUCGUUCACUUCCGUCUUCCGUCCGGCAUCACCGAUCAUCGAGUUGCGAGUAUUGCACGUGGUAAUAGGGUUAGUGUCGUUAUUUUGACUGAUUGAAGAAACAUGAAAAUAAAAAAAGAGAACACAACGUCCAAAAAGUCGAUCAAGAACAUUGUUAAGAACAAACAGACGAUUUUGAAGCCAAGAGCAAGAGUUAAUCUCGACAAAGCUGUGAAAAAUGUCAAGAAUAUUUUGAAGGAAAAGAGAUCGCAAGCUGAAGUAACUGAGAAGAAAGAAGUAAAUUUAAGAAAACCUAGAGUUAAACAAUUCAAAGCACAAAAAUCAGAGAAUAAAGGAAUAGUCUAUGUAGGACACAUACCACAUGGAUUUUAUGAAGAACAAAUGAAAGAUUACUUUCAGCAAUUUGGAAAAGUACUGCGAGUACGAGUGGCAAGGUCCCAAAAGACUGGGAGAAGUCGUGGCUAUGGCUAUGUCGAAUUUGCCUACCCAGAGGUUGCAAAAAUUGCAGCAGAUACUAUGAAUAAUUAUUUGAUGUGCGGCCGAUUAUUAAAAGUUACAUAUAUUCCACCCGAAAAACAGCACUUUGGAUUUUUCUCAGGCGCAAAUUGGUCAGAAGACGAGUAUCCUAAACUCAAAAAUAGAAGAAAAGCAACAUUAGGUAGAAACCGUCUUCAAAGCGCCGAGAAUCAUAAAAAGUAUGUUAAAAGAUCGCUUCGUAAACUUUCUACACUAGAAAGUAAACUUAAAGAGAAAGGGAUUAGUAUUAAAUUUCAACCUAUUGAUGUACCAGAAACAUAAUAAACGUUUAAAGAUGCAACU